AGUCGAGGACGAGCACUUCGCCCAGGAGAAGCCUCAGCCCAGCAAGCACAACGUCCUUCUUGCCUCGGAUGACGAAGAGGAGGACGAUGACUACACUGACACCGGUACGUCCACCUCUCUCAAAACCCAUUAAAUAUCGUUCCAAGAGGCGACUAUCGCAACCAAAAACCAUCCCUCCCGCGACCCAUCCCGAAUCAAUCACCAUCCGUCCAUAUUCCAUCCAUCCAUACAUCCAUCCAUACGCGACCAUCUUGUUUCGCAGCCACGCACCCUAAACCCCAGCUCUACAUCUCCUAUCUAUCCUCAACUUCAGAACAAUCCAUGCAUGAAGCCCAUAACAAACCAGCCAGCAUCGCAAAUACUGCUUCCUGAACCUCAACUGACAUCCUACCUCUUUUCGCUGCACUACAGAAUCCGAGAUCUCCACUGAGUCUUACGAAGAGCUCGAGAGCGAGAACCUGUACGACCGCAUCUACGCCCUGAAGGACAUGCUCCCGCCCUCCGCCCGCCGCUCCCUCACCUCCACCGUCAACACCGUCACCUCCUUCACAAAGUCCAGCGUGACGUUCAGCGGCAAGGCGCUGUGGAUCAUCAGCACCAGCGCGUUCCUGCUGGGUGUGCCGUGGGCUCUUGCCUACGCCGAGGAGGAGCAGUACAUCCAGAUGGAGCGCGAGCAGGGCAUGAUCAAGGGUGCUAAUGAGAUGCUCACCCCCGGCGCUGCCCCCGCCGAGCAGCAGGCUCAGCCUACUCUGUAAAUGCCCAGAAAUUAAAAAAA